UUGUAAUCAGCAUACAUGCCUAUGCUUAUGAAAAAAGUGAAAUGGAGGAGAUCUCAUUAGUUGCUCUCUCUGGAUGUAUUUGGUUGCAGGCUUUUGUUAUGAUAUUAGAAACAAACUCUUUUACAAUACUACAACAUCUUGCUAUAUGGGGAAAUUUGAUUGGCUUUUAUAUCAUCUACUGGAUCUUCAGCGCCAUCCCAUCAUCGAGAUGUAUACAAUUAUGUUUCGCUUGUGUAGACAACCGUCUUAUUGGAUAACUUUGUUUCUCAUAGUUGCAGCAGGGAUGGGUCUGAUUCUUGCUAUAAAGUUCUUCCGGUACACGUACAGACCAAGUAAAAUCAAUACGCUUCAGCAGGCUGAACGUUUGGGUGGACCUAUUCUGUCACUAGGCAACAUUGAGCCCCAAGAAAGAUCAAUAGAGAAAGAUGUUACUCCUUUGUCCAUAACUCAACCCAAGAACAAAAAUCCAGAGUCUUCCAUUUUAAAUGAGCACAUGGUUGUGCUGUUACCUGGAGCUGUUUAUGCUCUUUCUGCUGGUUAUAAGACGGAAGAACUUGAGCAGGACUCGAUGCACGGACUUUUUGAAUGCUCCAUUGAUGUACUUGCGAAUAUUGAUCAGGUUUCCUCUGUUAAGAUUUUUUAUUAG